UGUGACCACCUUUUCCCAGGCGUUUCUAAGAAGCCGUCACUCUCAGUGCAGCCGGGUCCUGUCGUGGCCCUCGGGGAUAAGCUGACCCUGCAGUGUGGCUCUGAUGCCGGCUAUGACAGAUUUGCUCUGUACAAGGAGGGAGAUGACGACUUCCUGCAGCGCCCUGGUCGGCAGCGCCAGGCUGGGCUCUCCCAGGCCAACUUCUUCCUGGGCCCUGUGAGGCGCUCCCACAGGGGCCAGUACAGAUGCUACGGUGCACACAACCUCUCCUCCGAGUGGUCGGCCCCCAGUGACCCCCUGGACAUCCUGAUCUCAAGACAGAUCCGUGGCAGACCCUUCCUCUCAGUGCAGCCGGGCCCCAAGGUGGUCUCAGGAGAGAACGUGACCCUGCUCUGUCAGUCCUCGUGGGAGUUCCACGCUUUCCUUCUGACCCAGGCGGGAGCAGCUGAUGCCCACCUCCAUCUAAGAUCAAUGCACAAAUAUCCUAAGUACCAGGCUGAAUUUCCCAUGAGUCCUGUGACCUCAGCCCACGCGGGGACCUACAGGUGCUACGGCUCACGCAGCUCCAACCCCCACCUGCUGUCUGUCCCCAGUGACCCCCUGGAGCUCGUGGUCUCAGAACCCUCCGGAGGCCCCAGCUCCCCCACAACAGGUCCCACCUCCACAUGUGGUAAGUCACUGAGGCUUCUGGACUCAGAGGGAGCACGGCCUCCCCCAGGGCAGCCCUGAGUCUCCCAGAGAAUCCCAUUCCCCUCAAGGACUCAGGCAUAGGCUUCCACCCCGGGAGCUGGGCAGAGCCAGAGGA